AUGGGAAAAUCAGCUUCCAAACAGUUUGCCGAAGAAGUCUUGAAAGCACAUAAUGACUACAGGAAGAAACACGGAGUCCCCCCAUUAAAGCUCUGCAAGAAGUUAAACAGAGGAGCCCAACAGUAUGUACAAGAACUGGCUACCACGAGGGUCCUCAAACACAGCUCCGAGUCUUCUAACAGAAAAUGUGGAGAAAACCUAGCAUGGGCAUCCUAUGACCAGACAGGUCACUUCACAGCAAUGGUUUGGAAGAACACAAAAAUGAUGGGAGUUGGAAAAGCAUCUGCUAGUGACGGCUCAACAUUUGUGGUGGCUAGAUAUGAUCCAGUUGGAAAUGUAGUAAAUCCAGGCUAUUAUGAAGAAAAUGUCCUCCCUCCAAGAAAAUAA